CAUGGGGGAGGUGGAAAUCUCAGCCCGGGCCUACGUGAAGAUGUGCCUGCACGCCGCCCGAUAUCCGCACGCUGCUGUCAACGGGUUGUUGCUGGCGCCGGCACCGCACUCCCGGGAAUGCCUGUGCCUCACCGACUGUGUGCCCCUAUUCCACAGCCACUUGGCCCUGUCAGUCAUGCUGGAAGUCGCUCUCAACCAGGUGGAUGUGUGGGGCACCCAGGGCGGUCUGGUGGUGGCUGGGUACUACCAUGCCAAUGCAGCUCUGGAUGACCAGAGCCCUGGCCCCCUGGCCUUGAAAAUUGCUGGGCGAAUUGCAGAAUUCUUCCCUGAUGCAGUGCUCAUCAUGCUGGAUAAUCAGAAACUGGUGCCUCAUCCUCGUGUGCCUCCAGUCAUUGUCUUGGAGAACCAUGGUCCCCGCUGGGCCCCCAAGGACAAGAACCUAGUGAUGUGGAGGGACUGGGAAGAGUCUCGGCAGAUGGUAGGAGCACUGUUGGAGGACCGGGCCCACCAGCACCUUGUGGACUUUGACUCUCACCUUGACGACAUCCAGCAGGACUGGACCAACCAGCAGCUGAAUACCCAAAUCAUCCAGUGGAUUGGUCCCACUAAUGGAAAUGCCUGAAACAGGGCCAGUGGGGCCAGGAUCCAAUAAAGAGACUUGGG